AUGAAACCACGUGGCAGAGGGGAGCGACACAGCUACAACUUCCGGUCAGAGGCACAGGAUGUCUGCUCCAGACAUUCCAAGGGUGAAGUCCACCUUAACACCCACAUUUCUCUUAAUAGAAUCACUAGGACUCACACUCCUGCCCUCAACCCUCAUGCCUCGGUCCGCCGUCCCCACCCCGUCCCUCGGGUCAAAGUGCCGGGCUUCGGAGCGCCACCCCACCCCCACCCCGGGGCGCAGCGGACAGGUCCAGGGCCGGCCACAGCGCCCGAGGGCAAGGCCGGCCAAACCCGGCAGGGGGGCGGCGUCAGGGACCAGGGCUCGGGGAACCCGAGAGCGCCCCGGAGCAUUCUGCCCCCCGCCAGCCCCAGCCCCGCGCGCGCUGUCCCGCCCGUCGAGCCCGCAUACGGGCGCUACUCACGGCGGAGGCUGCGCUGGGCGGGCACAGCGGGCGCGACGGGGUGCGCGGCGCUCGACUCUGCUCUGCUCCCGGCCGGCUGCCCGCCCGCGGAGCCGCGGAGGAGCCGAGGGGGUGGAGCGGCCGGCCCCGUCCCAGGCGCCGGCUGGAGGCGCGCCCGGCGGCCGGGGACUGGGGCUCAGGGCGCCCCCUGCUGGGAGCCCCCUCUGGACAGCCCCGAGGUGAGGGCCGAGAGCCUCCUCCCAGGUCCCCAGACACCUCCAGGAGUGGUGGCGAGCGCCAGGGGCGAGACCCUCCCGCGUCUUUAG